GGCAAGUAAUGUAGGCCUGCAGGUGUAGUCUGCGACCCUGUGACGUCACUGUGGGCGGGGUCACAGGUGCAACAGAGCGCACUUCUUUAGCCACGCUAUCAGGGAGGCUGGGUGAGGCUUUUUUCUUUAAAAAAAAAAAUAAGCCAGUCAUCUUCUAAAACAGAUACAGUGUAGUUUUAAGCAAACAUUUUUAAAACAGGAUAAAAUCAUUCUUUUGUUAGGGACUAUUUUCAGUGGCGAAUUCAUCCACAUUUGAUGCUGUGAGAGUUGCAGCUGUCUUUCCUUUGUCUCCUGAGAAAUAAAUCACCUUAUUGUGAAGAUCUUGAGAGCUGUGUUCUGUCACAUUAAAGAAUCGGAGAUGAGGAUACAUUUAGCAGGAGCUGCCUUUCAGAAAGUGGAGCUCUGUGGCACGGAGGAGGGAGAAACAUCUGAAUAUUUGCUAGCAAUUCGUACUGUGCAUGGCUCACUGGUGCACCACUAUUAAUACACCUGUGCUGUUCCUGCUUCAGCGAGAAGUGGCUCUUGCAGAACGAUCCUCCUUAAGCCUCUCCUGCUUGUCUCACUGGGAAGAAAACAUGACAGACGCGUCGACCAACAUGCGGCUGAAGCUGCCGAUCACCUGCUUCAUCUUUCAGAUCAUCCUCAUCAUCCUCUUUGGUGUGCUGGUGCAGUACGACGAAGAGACAGAUGCAAAGGAGUGGCAUAACAAGAAUCGGUCUAACUAUGAUAAUGACUUCUACUACCGCUACCCAAGUUUCCAGGAUGUGCACGUGAUGAUCUUCGUCGGUUUUGGCUUCCUCAUGACUUUCCUGCAGCGAUAUGGCUUCAGCAGUGUGGGCUUCAACUUUCUGAUUGCAGCCUUCUCCCUGCAAUGGGCCACGCUCAUGCAGGGCUUCUUCCAUGGACUGCAUCAUGGCAAGAUCCACGUUGGGGUGGAGAGUAUGAUCAAUGCAGAUUUCUGCACUGGCUCUGUGCUGAUCUCAUUUGGAGCUGUUCUGGGUAAAACCAGCCCUGUCCAGCUGCUGAUCAUGGCGCUGUUUGAGGUCACGCUGUUCGCUGUCAAUGAGUUCAUCCUGCUCUCCACUCUGAAUGCCAAAGAUGCUGGAGGCUCCAUGACCAUCCAUACAUUUGGAGCCUACUUCGGACUGAUGGUGACUCGAAUCCUGUACCGGCCCAACCUGGACAGGAGCAAACACAGGAACAGCUCAGUCUACCACUCUGACCUGUUCGCUAUGAUUGGCACCCUCUACCUGUGGAUGUUCUGGCCCAGCUUCAAUUCUGCCAUCACAGCUCAUGGAGACGACCAACACCGCACGGCCUUGAACACUUACUACUCCCUGGCAGCAUGCACUCUGUCCACCUACGCCAUGUCCGCCCUCACGUCACACGACGGCAAGCUGGACAUGGUCCACAUCCAGAACGCUGCCCUGGCCGGUGGCGUCGCAGCAGGGACAGCUGGUGAAAUGAUGCUCACACCUUGUGGCUCCAUGAUUGUUGGUUUUUUAGCUGGCAUCAUCUCUGUUCUGGGCUUCAAGUACCUCUCACCUGUCCUGGAGGAGAAACUGAAGGUCCAAGACACUUGUGGGGUUCACAACCUGCACGGCAUGCCUGGCAUCUUGGGCGCUAUUGUGGGAGCAGUCACUGCUGCUGUGGCAUCCAGUGACGUUUAUGGAGAUGGUAUGGAAGACGUGUUCCCUGAUGUGGCGAGCGGAGAAACUGAUGCUUCCUUCCAGGGCGCUCGUCAGGCCAUUUCCCUUGUUGUCACCCUGGGCAUGGCCCUGGUGGGAGGGCUUCUUGUUGGUUUCAUCUUGAAGCUGCCCAUCUUUGGCGCUCCUUCUGACAACAUCUGCUUUGAGGACAGCAUCUACUGGGAGGUGCCUGAAGCUGAGGUGGGUCAUGAGGACCAGCUGAGGGCUGUGAGGACUGCCGAGUCUGAGAAGCUCGGGGGUUAGAUGCAGGCACAGGGUCAGAACCAUACACUCACUCUGAGGUCAUAACAUCCAGGCACUCGAGUAUUACAUCCUGUAGGUAUAGACCCUGUCUGCUUCAUGCUCAUGUCAACUGCCAAAUGUCUGUGUUUGUGUGUAAGAACUCACAAAUCUACUUUUUUUAUCCUUCACAAAAAAUACAAAGUGGCUUUUGGGUUUAGGUUGUUGACAGCUUCAACCACUAGAGGUCAACCUAGAGCCAGAUUAGUUUGUGCCACAGGCCUGUAAAAAAGGCUGCAUUGGGGAAA